UCUCUCUCUCUCUCUCUCUUGCCUCAUUCUUUUUCAUUCGUUGACCUGUUGCUCAUUCACAUUUCUACAUCAUUUGUAAAUACCCUUUCUUCAAUUAAUUUAAAUAAAUAUCAUAUCCAAUGCCUGAUCGCAAGAAAAAUCGUCCUCCAAGGAUUGGUUCUUCCUUAACAAAACUCAAGAGCCAUUACGAUGUAGUUGUAGUAGGAUCGGGCUACGGUGCCUCCAUUGCUGCAUCGCGCCUUGCACGAGCUGGCAAGCGUGUUUGUAUUCUUGAGCGUGGCGAAGAGCGGUGGCCUGGUGAAUACCCUGAAGACACACUGAAAUGUGCUUCAGAAGUUCAGUUUAACGGUGAGCAUGGGCAUGAAGGCAAGCGUACCGGACUUUAUGAGAUUCACAAAAAUAAGGAUCAAUGGGCCUUUGUUGCAUGCGGCCUUGGAGGAACAUCACUCUUGAACGCUAAUACAGCUCUCAAGCCAGAUCCCCGCAUCUUCGAAGACGAGACUUGGCCAGAGGAGAUCAGGCAGGAUAAAGAACUAUUGGACCAAUCGUUCCAACGUGCCAUUGAUAUGCUCCAGCCUACAUCCUAUCCUGAAGACUGGCCUGUCCUUCCCAAGCUCGCCACACUCGAGGUUCAGGCCAAAGGUGCAGGUGCUCAUCACCGUUUUAUCCGACCACCCAUCACGGUUCACUUCAAGGAUGCGCUCAACCCUGCAGGUGUUUUUCAAAAGGCCAGUACACUCACAGGCAAUGACACCACUGGAGUUAAUGAUUGGAGCAAGAACACAACGCUCAUGAACUAUAUUCCUGAUGCAUGGAACCAUGGUGCUGAAAUCUUCACCUGCUGUAACGUCGUUCGUGUCGAGCGGUCUAACAAAAAACCCAAUCAGCCAGCACCCUAUGUUGUGUAUUUUGAAUGGCAUGAUUCAAGCCGGGCAACAUUCUUGGCAGACCAUGGUGCUCCUAUUGCACCCAUGUUUGUCACUGCAGACAUUGUUGUCUUAGGAGCAGGCGCAUUGGGUACGACUGAGAUCUUGCUACGCUCUCAAAAGAGCGGGCUUCAGACUUCAAACCAACUAGGCAAGCACUUUAGUGGAAAUGGCGAUUUCCUAGCGUUUUCCUACAAUGGCGAAACCCUCGUGAAUGGAGUAUCCAUGGGAGACGAAGACCCCAAAAAGUUUGAGAAAAAAGUUGGUCCUGUCAUUACAGGACUGAUUGAUUAUCGUGAUGCACCCAAUGUCAUGGAUGGAUAUGUCGUGGAGGAAGGUGCAGUUCCCGCGCAAGCUGCAUUGCUAUUGAGGAGUAUUUAUCAAGUCAUGUGCGAGAAAUCGAGCAAGUCAUUCAAGACCGCACAGGAUCUGACCUUCCAGGAGAAGAUUGGCAGGAACGCACGCGAGCUGUCAUCUUAUGUAGCUGGUGUUUAUAGAGGCGCUAUGGCCAACACUCAGACUUUCUUGGUUAUGUCACACGAUGAUGCACGUGGUGAAUUGCUCCUGAAAGACGAUCGGAUCCGUAUUCAGUGGCCUGGCGUCGGUACCAGCCGCAACUUCGCGAGACUGGACAAGUUGCUUGAACCUCUUGCCGAGGCUGUUCGCGGAGUAUAUGUUCGUGACCCAUUGACUUCUGCUACGGAUGAUGCUAUCGUCACGGUCCACCCAAUUGGAGGCUGUGGCAUAGGGCGCACUGCUGCUGAGGGUGUUAUCAACCACAAGGGACAAGUUUUCACUGGGCAAGGUGAUGAGGUCUAUGAGGGAUUGUACGUCAUGGACGGUGCUGCCAUGCCCAUGUCACUGGGUGUCAACCCUUUCUUGACCAUCUCUGCGCUCGCAGAGCGUGCAUGUGCUCUCUUAGCGCGCGAUCGCGGUUGGACUAUCAAGUAUGAUGCUACUACAGUCCCUAUCGACUUUAAGACACCCCAAUUCCCUAUUCCAUACGAUGAAAAGGCAACCGAAUCUUAUGUAUGGGCCCAGAAACUUAGAAAAUCUGCUCUCGAAGAUGUCGCUGAUGCCGAGGGUGACGUUCGUGGACUGAUCGUCUCUGAACCAUUCCCCGGUGAUAAAAGUGAUACCUCUGACUCUGAUGAGGAUACAGCUCAACCAAGCAGGACGCUCCCCUCCAUGUUUGGCUCUUGGAGCAAGUCUUCCGAGAAGGCAGAGUCAAAAAAGAAACCCGGAGUUACUUUUACAGAGAUGUUGAAGGGUCACCUCUCGACUGUGAUUCUGACAGAGGAUUUCGAUACAGCAGACAAUCAAGCUAGGUCUGCGGGAUCCACCAUGAACGUGGUCCUCACACUUUCAACAGGUCCUAUUGAGGAGUUCCUCAAGAGAACAGAUCAUCGUGCUAGGAUUGUAGGAACUGUGUCCUGCAGAGCUCUGUCAGAUCAACCCAUGAUGAUCGAGACUGGUGUAUUCAUGGUCUAUACCGGAACCGAGGAAGAUCCUGCUGACGAACAUGCCAUCCUGUACAAGAUGAUCUUGUUGUGCGCUACUGGAGAUCGAUACCGCCUCGAGGGUCGCAAGCCUAUCUCUACUGGUCAUGUCCUUGAAGGAUGGAUCAAGCCAUCGCGUAUCCUUGUGACUAUAUACAAGGUCGAAGAUGGCGUUGAGAAAGUUUUCGGACGUGGCAAGCUAGGUGAACACGAUGAUGACUUUUUCAGUCAAAUAUCAUCUUUUCGGGGUGAGAGCUCCAGUGUCACUGCCAAUUUGAAGGCAAUCAAGGAUUUUAGUGUCUCUACGCUCAAUGCUACUGUUAAAACCUAUUUGCCCUUCUUGAACGAGCUCAAAUACCCUGAAGAUUCGAAAACUCGAAAGAGCUAUCCUCGUCAGCGCCCUACAUCCCAGGUAUACGGUGUUGUCUCGUCGGAUGGCUUCAACACUCGCCUCACCCGCUACAAGGGUAAGAAAGGCCCAGUUCUAUUGAUUCAUGGCGCUGCAAUCAGCUCCGAAUUGUUCGCCACCGACUUAAUCCCUCACAAUCUGUGUGACUUCCUCUUGGCAAAUGACUAUGAUGUCUGGCUUUCUGACUGGCGCCUCUCGGUCACCGUUGAGGAUUCCCACCGCCAAUCGCCCAUUUAUGGAGGUGCACGAGACCAUGCCGCCGCCAUCAAGAUCAUCUUGAAAGAGACGGGGGUUAAAAACAUCCAAGUCGUUGCUCAUUGUAUCGGCUCUCUAACUUUAUGGGCUGGUAUGUUAAACGGCGAGAUCGAGGGCGUUGGAUCGGUAGUCUCGUUUCAAGUCGCCACUCGUCCCUUGAUUUCAGUCGCUAACAAAAUCAAGCAAAACUUGCAACUUGUACCAUUGUUCGAGAAGGUCUUGGGCCAGGAUGGAUUUGAUGUGGUCACACAUUCGCCUUCAUCUAAAGCAGAGGGAUCAGAUGCUCCAACAGUAGAAAAGCCCUCCAACAAAGUGACAUUGCUGGAUCGUGCGAUUGACAACGCGCUGAGAUUCUUGCCCAUGCCUCUGCAUGAAUACUGCAAUAAUGCUAUUUGCCAUCGUGCUUCAUUCUGCUAUGGCUUGCUGUGGGAGCACGACAAGCUAUCCAAUAACUUCCAUGAUCAUUUGGACGAAGUCAUGGGCUCCAUCAAUAUUGAGACCUUGAAAGGAAUGGUCAAUGGCUGGUGUAAGGCGCAGACAUUGAUGGAUACUGAGGGCAAAGAUUUGGUUACGCCUGAGAAUUUGAAGAGGGCUUUUGAAAAUGUGCCUGUGUUAUUGAUUCAUGGCGCUAAGAGUCAAGUAUUCGUUCCAGAAUCUACGCUCAGGACUGUAGAGCAGCUUCGAGAUCUGUUGCCAAUGACCAACAUGGCAUAUGAUUACAAGAGCAAAUACAGGCGUGAGGUGAUUGCAGGCUAUGGUCACAUGGAUUGCAUUGUGGGCGACAAGGCUUACAAAGAAGUGUAUCCAUUCGUUCUAGAGCACCUUGAGAGCCAUUUGGCAACCACUGGAUACCAGGCAACUCAUACCGCAUCCGAAGAAUGAUCGUUAGCAAUAAAAAUUUAGUCGUAAAUCAUUCUUCAAGUUAAAGUAAAGAAAUAAAAAGACGCGCACAAGGAUCUGUAUUAAAUGCAUAAAAGU